CUUUUAUUUUACGUAUUAUCAUAAGUAGUGAUUAAUAAAAUAGUUUUUAACACUGAAUCAUGCUCAGUGUGUUUCUUUUGUUGCUGGUUUGUGACAAAAUUGGGGGUUCGUCCGGGAUAGUUCCCAAGGUUAACGAGUGUCGUCUGGGAUUGUACCCCAGAUUGACGAGAUUUGUUCGGGAUUCAAUCCAAAGAUUUUUGAGGGAGGUCUGAUAAAUUCUUUUUUAAUUGGCUUGUGUGUGUGGAAACCAGCAGCAAUGGAUAUUAAGGCAUUUUUGGAGUCACCAACCCAAAAGGGAUUGGAGGUGGCGAAAAAGGAUGAUUUGAUAAAGAUUGCUACAAGGCUAAACCUUACAGAAGUAAAGCAGUCUAUGAGAAAGGCAGAUAUUCAGAGACUGAUAGCUGGCCAUUAUGUGGAAAAGAAGGUGUUUGAGAAGGAAGUGUUAAAACAGUUUCCUGGCAGUGAAAUAGCAAUUUCUGAGGCACAGGUGCAGCUGGCAAAGAUAGAGGCUGAACGAGAGCAAAAUAAAUUAGAAGCUGAACGAGAACAAAAGAGAUUAGAGGCUGAACGAGAGCAAACCCAGUUAAAGAUAGAGGCUGAACGAGAACAAAAGAAAUUGGAGGCCGAACAAGAGGAAAAGAGAUUAGAGGCCGAACAAAAGAAAUUAGAGACUGAACAAAAGAUAACUCGGAUGAAGAUAGAGGCUGAUCUAGCAAUGAAGCAGAUGGAAUUGAAGAGGAUGGAGCUGGAUAGUGAGGAGAAGGAGAAACAGAGGCAGCAUGAUUUACAAAUGAUGCAAAAGAGUGUGGAAUCUGAUUCUGAUGAUGGUUUUUCAGCCAGCAGGGAGGUUCGAUUAGUCCCUCCGUUUGAAGAAGAUCAGGUUGAUCAGUAUUUCCAACAUUUUGAAAAGGUUGCUGUGAGUUCAAACUGGCCAAGGAAAGGAUGGGCUCUUAUGGUACAGAGUGUGAUUAAAGGUAAAGCUCAAAAAGCUUAUUCUGCUUUGUCUGCUGAGGAUGCAGCUGAUUAUACCAAGGUAAAACAAGCUAUUUUGAAGGCCUAUGAAUUGGUCCCUGAGGCUUAUAGACAAAAAUUCAGAGACUUGAGGAAAUCUGCAGAUCAGACUUAUAUGGAAUUUGCCAAUAGAAAGGGAAUAUGUUUUGAACGAUGGUGCCUGGCUAAAAAUGUAGAUGGGGAUUAUGAUAAAUUGACAGAAUUGAUACUAGUGGAAGACUUUAAAAGAUGUGUUCCAGCUGAAUUAACAACAUAUUUAAAUGAAAAGGGAGUGGAAAUUUUACAAGAAACUGCUAGGUUGGCAGACAUUUAUGCUUUAACCCAUAAAUCCAAAUGGGGACAACCUAAAACCUUUCAAAAGAGUUACAAAGACAAUCCAGGUAAACCAGAGAUUAAAUUGGGAGGUAAUCAAAAAGGAAAAGAUGAAAAGAAGCCAGGGCUGGAGAAACCUGUUGAGCGUACUUGUUAUUACUGUAGGAAACCUGGCCAUGUGAUAUCUAAUUGUGCCCUUUUGAAGAAAAAGAAGGAAGCUGUGCCCAAUGCUUGCUUUCAGGCAAUUAAAAAUCAAAAAGGUUUAGGAGAUGCUGUUAAAGAUCAGUCCUUGCAAGAGGGAAAAGCGGAAAAGUUGGAGGAGGUGAGAAAAGAAUUCCGUUCGUAUGUAUCAGAGGGUUUUGUUUCACUGAAUGAUGAGUCACCCCAGGUGCCAGUGAAAAUUCUUAGAGUUACUGGGGCUAGUCAAUCUCUCUUGCUGGACAGUGUUUUAAAUUUUGGAGAAGAAAGUGACACUGGUGAAGUAAAUCUAAUACGAGGCGUUACAGGUGAGACCAUGUCUGUCCCUUUUCACAGGGUGAUUUUAAAGUCAAAGUUCGUAGAAGGACCAGUCGAGAUAGGGAUAAGACCUAGUUUGCCAGUGGAAGGAGUUUCUUUGUUAUUGGGAAAUGACCUUGCAAAUGGAGAAAGUGAUCCUGUGGUACGGUUAACAACCAAACCAAGGAUUGAUGAGUCUGAGGAUGAUUCAGAUGUUUACCCAUCAUGUGCGGUGACUCGAGCUAGAGCUAGAGAAUUAGCCAAGACAGACAGUCCGGUGCAGUCUGAUGUGGUUCCUUGUGACAGUCCUAAACAGGAAGAAAAUUUUGAUGCCUUAUCUGAGACUUUUCUGUCUUCACUGGAGGAUCAACAUCCUUAUAGUGAGCCUGAAUUUAAAGAUUUGUCUUUGUCGAGGAAGGAUUUUAUGGUGGAACAGACAAAGGACCCUGAGUUGACAGAAUUGAAAGAAAAAGCACUCUCAUGUGAGGAGAUUGAAAAGGUGCCAACUGGAUACUAUGUCAAAAAUGGAGUGUUAAUGAGGAAAUGGAGACCUCCUCAUGUUCCUGUUAAUGAGGAAUGGGAAGUUAUUCAUCAGGUUGUUGUUCCAAAAGUUUAUAGGGAUGAGAUUUUAAACCUGGCCCAUAGUAUGCCUUUGGGUGGUCAUUUUGGUGUGAAUAAAGCUUUUAAACCAGGCAUCAGUUGCAGCACCUCGCAACGCUCAUCCCAGUUCAGUCUGAGCUGCUCCGUGGUCCGCAUUCCACAUGUAAACCACCAUACUUCUGAUCGGCAACGCACCCUCCCUGCCGCCAGCAUCCCGCCGUUAACUUCGACCUUCCUGUGA